AUGUCCAGGACUGUUUGUGCUUUGUGUACAAGUUAUGCGGCUGUAAAGGGACAUCAAAAUCGUAGUAGAGGCGUAUUGAAAUUGAACAAUGUUGGUGCACCAUGGGAGAGGAUAGCCAUUGACAUUGCGGGGCCGUUUCCGGAAAGUGAAAGUGGUAACAAAUAUUUCAUGGUUGUGAUGGAUUACUUCACUAAGUGGCCGGAAGUCUUCGCCAUUCCAAAUCAUAAAUGUUCAACAGUUGUAGAUAAACUAGUUCAUGAAGUCUUCUGUCGUUUAGGAGUACCUUUAGAGAUUCACAGCGAUAGAGGAAGGAAUUUUGAGUCUCAAAUAUUCCAGGAAACUUGCCGAGUUAUGGGUACUGAUAAAACACGGACAACUUCUUACCACCCACAAUCUGAAUAG